GAAAGACGUCGCGAGGAGAGCUGAUCAAAGUGGAGAGCAGAAUUGUAGCUGUGUUAUGCGUCUGCGAAAACAAAACGUAAGAAAGGAGUGAUAGCAGAUAAAUUCUGCCUCAUCGAAGUCGCAUGCAUACUGCUGUACACACUAGAAGUUGUUGGAGCCGCUCAGCCAUCAAAGAAUUCGUACUGAAGAUAUCAUGACCUUCAUCUCGAUCAAAAAUCGAAGUGAAAUGAACGUGAAUAUGCGAAGUUCAUCCACUGCUUUUCUAUUUGCGUUCCUGAACGGUAUUUCUCGUUCCAACAGCAUCGCAAAUGUGAGAAUAACGUCGUCUUCUUCAAAGAGCGGUCAUGAAGUGCAUGAGCGGCAUCUCAAAGGGCAUGUUGACAGGCACGACAUUUUCGAACGCGGCGACGAGGGAGACAAUGAGAACCCCGACAGCUACGCGAGCGAAGUACGCGAGGUGUAUCAUGACGGAGCUCCAGCAAGAAGUGAACUCGAAAUGCUUCCUGAAGGUCUACAAGGCUCCGCAGACAAAGACAGCGACGCGGAGGCUCAAGAAGCGGCAAGAGACGCAGGGGGCGACAACACGGAAGCGCAGGGACAUGCAGCCGACGCAGGAGGCGACUCGAAGGCCGCGGAAGAAGCAUCGGCCACUACUGAACGCAGUGUUGAAAACCAGGAAAAAAGAAAAACCGAUAAAGAUGAAAACGGUGAUGGGGAAUCGACUAAGACCACAGAAAAGCAAGGCGGUGAAAAUGCGGUUGCCGUCGAGGCCCCUCAAAAAAAGGAGGACGCACGUUCAGGUGAGACCAAAAAAGAGGAAGACGCUAAACCUAAGGAUACAAGCGGAACCACAACCACACACGCGGAUACGGAAGAUGCUGCAGACGAGAAAACCAGGUCGACUCCCACAGACGGUGCACAGGAAGAUGAAAGUCAGGAGCAAGCUCUUAGUGGCGCAUCAGCAGCCCAAAAAUCGGAUAGUGGAUCUGGCAGAGGUGUGGCUGAAAUGGCUGCUAAAACAGAGGAAGCGGAAGCACAACUCCAUUUAGCCGAUGCUGUGAAGAAUUACCGUCACAUUAUGAGAAGAAGGAGGAGAGCGUUUUUCACAUCUGUCGCUUAGUUCUUUGAGAGUCGAAUCGGACAAUCAUAGUUCUUGGAAGGAUGCAAAAAGCGCUAUCCCCAUUUUUCAUGUACGUGGUGGACUCAUUGCAGGAUGAACUGUUCAGUUUCGCUGCUGACGCUCGUCGGGACUUAGUAAGGGAGGAGGCGAAGAUGCAUCGAUUUUCUGAUCACAUUGCAGAGCGCUUCGCCAACAUACACCGAGCAGCGCUUUUCGAGCCAAGUAGAAUAAACUAUGGCGAGAGGCACAACAGAGGAGCUCCUUAACGCCUUUGCAUCGCCUCAGGGAGGACCUUGAUGCAGCAGUAUAGGCAUGCAAUGGCUAGUAUAGGCAGCAGUAUAGGCCGUAGACUUAAUCCCAUAAAAUGGCCACGUAGAAACCCAACCACCGGUGCGGUCGUUACAGAGUUCCUCGUGCUGCGCAAUGUCGCUGGAGGGAUCCGCGGAGAGAGCAACAGUAGUGGUUCUUGAUUCAAAUGAUUUGAAACUACUGUAGGGAACAACAGAUGAUUUUCGUCGUAGAGAAUGUGGCGAGGUCGCACCUGAAUAAGAUAAAUAAACUUCGACAUGAGACACUUUCUGAUGUUGUGGUGUCUGAAGCGUCAACAUAGCGUUAGCGACUUCUCUCUACCACAAGAUUAUCAUGAAACGUGCGCUGGCAUCAAGCCGGUGUAGGCAAAUGACCUCACAGUGUAGACAUAGAAUGCGCUCGCUACAACUAGCGAAUCCCUGCUCGCGAG